CUCUAUAUAGUAUAUGAUAAGACUUGAGAGGUUGAAGGUAGUAUUCCAAAAUGUUCAAUGUACUUGAGCGGCAGAAGAGAACCAGUUGUAGAAACAUGUUGGGUGGUAACGGAGGACGUCUUCUUUUUUGCUUCAUCCUCGUACUUUUUGCUUUGUUAGCAAGUGCUGCUGUGGAAGUUGAACCGAGUCAUUAUUCGAUGCCAUUUAAUCGAACUAGCUUCCCACCUGGGUUCAUCUUUGGAGCUGGUUUAGCUGCUUAUCAGUCUGAAGGAGCAGCUCUUGUUCAUGGAAAGGGACCAAGUAUAUGGGAUACCUUCACUAGGGAACAUCCAGAAAAAAUUUCGGAUGGUGGCAAUGGGAACGUAGCCAAUGAUUUUUACGAUCACUACAAGGAGGACAUAAAAUUGAUAAAAAAGAUCGGCUUGGACUCCUUCAGAUUUUCUGUCUCAUGGUCAAGAAUACCACCUAAGGGUACAAUUAAAGGUGGAGUGAACCAAGAAGGAGUCAACUUCUACAACAAUCUGUUAGAAGAGCUCUUAUCCAAUGGAAUUGUGCCUUUUGUGACCCUAUUCCAUUGGGAUACACCACAAGCACUUGAAGAUGAGUACGGUGGAUUUUUAAGCCCUAAGAUUGUGAAUGAUUUUCAAGAUUAUGCCAAUUUUUGUUUCAAAACAUUUGGGGAUCGUGUUCAGCAUUGGGUGACAUUGAACGAGCCAAUUACAUACUGUGUUAAUGGAUACAAUGGCGGUACUUAUGCACCCGGUCGAUGUUCAAACUAUGUCGGAAAUUGCACUGCUGGUAACUCUGCCACUGAGCCUUACAUUGUUGGUCAUCAUCUACUACUUGCUCAUGCACACGCUGUGAAGAUAUACAGGCAAAAGUAUCAGGCCUCUCAGAAAGGACAAAUUGGGAUUACGGUUGUGACGUUCUGGUAUGUAGCAAAAUCUGAAACAGCUGCAAGUAAGAGGGCGGCCUCUAAGUCUCUUGAUUUUAUUUUCGGCUGGUUUGCUCGUCCUGUUACAUUCGGUGAGUAUCCCAAAACUAUGAGGUCUGCGGUGGGAAAUCGGUUGCCUAAAUUCAGCAAAGCAGAAUCAAAGCUUCUUAAAGGAUCCCUGGAUUUCCUUGGUGUCAAUUAUUACACGAGUACUUAUGCAGAUGCUUCCUCACUCUCCACUGUUACAACUGUUAACCAAAGUUUCUUUGGAGACAUGAAUACCGCUCUCUCUACGGAGAAAAAUGGGGUUCCUUUGGGCACACCGACUGCUUUGAGCUGGCUGUACAUCUACCCAAAGGGAAUUCGAGAGCUUAUGCUGCAUAUAAAGGAAAAUUACAACAACCCGGAGAUUUACAUUACCGAAAAUGGUGUUGGCGAGGCAAAUAAUAGCUCCCUGCCUAUUAAGACUGCCCUCAAGGAUAGUACCAGGAUUAGAUACCAUUAUCAACAUCUUCAAUAUCUUUCGAAAGCCAUCAAGGAGGGCGUUAAGGUGAAGGGAUACUUUGCAUGGGCACUUCUGGAUGUGUAUGAGUGGGAGUCAGGCUACACUGUUCGAUUUGGGCUCACUUAUAUUGACUACAAAAAUAAAAUGAAAAGGUACCUCAAGUAUUCUGCAUAUUGGUUUAAGAUGUUCCUCCUAAAAUGAUUGAUGGUGCAUGAGUGUGGAAUAAGGUUAUAAGAGUACUUCAAUAACUCAUUACUUGAAGACCAAACUCUCUCCAUCUACGUGAUAGAAUAUUAUGUUUUUUCUCUUCUUGCAUCAGUAAGGUCUGGUCACAUAUAUAGCAUCGAGACCCAUCAGAAACUGUAUCACUUGUUCUUGAGUCGUGUAUUAUUUAAGAAACUGAUUGCUGCUCCUGUUUAUAUUCAA